AUGAACUUAUGUUUAAAUCAUACAAGUUUAGGUUAUUAUUCUAAACCAGAGAGUAAUAGAACGAAUUUAUCAGAUCCGUUUGGUAAAUUGGGCGAUUUUAUCACUUCACCUGAAAUCUCUCAAAUCUUUGGUGAAUUGAUAGGUGUUUGGUUUUUAAGUAGAUGGAUCGAUUUUGGAUCUCCUGAUUCGAUUAGGAUUAUCGAAUUAGGACCUGGUAGAGGAACAUUAAUAUCGGAUAUUUUAAGGACUUUUAAAUCUAUUAAAAGUUGUAAUCCUAAAAUUAAAGAAAUUCAUUUAGUUGAAAAUAGUCCAUUUUUGAGAAAAAUCCAAGAAGAAAAGCUUUCAAAAGAUUUAUCUAAUGGGAAUACUAAACUUUAUUGGUAUGAUCGAAUUGAAGAGAUUCAAGAGAGUAGUGAUCAUUGGAGUAUGAUUAUUGCUCAUGAGUUUUUUGAUGCUUUACCUAUUCACGUUUUUCAAAAAACAGACAAAGGUUUUCGAGAGAUUUUAGUAGAUAUAGACGAUAAAAACAAAACGACUGAACCGAUUGGUUUGAUAAAAUCUAUCAAACCGAUUAGAUUUGUUUUAGCUUCGAAACCUACUAUUGGAUCUCAAACAUUGAUUCAAGAAAAAGAUUAUGAAAAGUUUUCAGUUGGUUCUAAGAUUGAAAUCUCUCCACUUUCUUUAUCUGUUGCUUUUCAUCUUUCUAAACUUUUAAAACUUGGAAACGGAUCUGGUUUAAUUGUGGAUUAUGGGGAUGAUCAUCAUUUUGGUGAUUCAUUAAGAGGAUUUUAUAAACAUCGGGUUGUGGAUCCUUUACAUAAACCUGGCUUAACAGAUCUCACAGCAAAUGUGAAUUUCUCAAAAUUAAAAGAAAUCAUGAAUCCAUUCUGUAAGAGUUAUGGACCGAUUUCACAAAGAGAAUUUUUAUUGAAAAUGGGAAUCGAAGUUCGAAAACAAAAAUUAAAAAAUACAGAUCAAAGUGUUGAUAGAUUGAUUUCACCACGUGGAAUGGGAACUCAGUAUAAGUUUUUAGGGAUUGAAAGUUUUAGAAAACAUCAACAUGAUGAUGAAGGUGUCCAGGAAGAAGUUUAUCCUUUUUCUUAG